AUGGCCAUUUCAUACGCAAGUGGACUUCCAGCGGAGCAUACUCCAGCUCUUCCGUCCUUUCGAGAGCUACUUCCGCCCCAUCUUCAUGACGAAAUCGAGUCGACUUCAUACUACACUUCCCGCCAACAUGUGCGCGAGCGGCCGACAUCCGCAGCCCACGAACUGACGUCCAACCCCCGCCCCUUCUCUGACCGUCCUCCCUACGGAUCGCCACCUAAGAUGCCAUUCGGCGGUGAUUAUUCUGUCGCAGCCGCCCGAGCCAGCGAACCUCAAAGUCGCAUGACCGGGAACCCGACCGACUCCAUCACAGGCUCCCCCCGCUACGCUUCUCGUGGGCCGAGUCCUAUUCUACCGUCAAUUCGGGAUCUCCAGUCGCUCCCUGAACGGGGACUCAACACGUCGGGCUCUGCUUUCCCGGAAUCCAGGACCCUUUCUCGACCCGACUUUGCAGCGCAGGAAUUCAGGGCCGGACCCAUUGGUCCCCACGGGUUUCCCCCGGCCAAUAUUCCAGGCACAGUACCCGGUGAUCGGAGGAGCGUGGAUUCUUUCUUGGGAAACAAUGGGCCAGUGAUGUCUAGCCAGUCAACGUAUUCUUACCCUGCCCUGGCUUAUCAGAGCGAUUCCGAACAAGCCUCUCCGCAAUCGUUAUCGCACGCCCAGCAAUCCAACUUUGGUAUCCUUGGCGAUUCGAUCGACCCCAAGAACAAGCGGAGACGGGGCAACCUGCCUAAGCCAGUGACGGACAUACUGCGUGCCUGGUUCCAUGAGCAUCUCGACCAUCCCUAUCCCAGUGAAGAGGACAAGCAGAUGUUCAUGACCCGCACCGGGCUCACCAUCAGCCAGAUCAGCAAUUGGUUCAUCAACGCCAGAAGGCGUCAACUUCCUGCUCUCCGGAACCAGAUGCGCAACGGCGGAACCGACAUUGACUCUCAACGGCAGUCUCCCUUCAGUGAUAUGGACCAGACGUCUCCCGAAUCAAUGCCUUCUCCCCACCAGAUCUCCAAAUCAUAA